AGUGAUGGUUACAAGAUGGCGGCGCUGAAGGAGGCUCGGAGCUACGGGCUGUCGUGCGGGCGCGUGAGCGACGGCAGCAGGGUGUCGGUGUUCCACGUGAAGCUCACCGACAGUGCCCUGAAGGCUUUCGAGAGCUACCGGGCUCAUCAGGAUUCUGUGUCCCUGAGACCAUCCAUCCGGUUUGAAGGAAGCCAAGGACACAUCUCCAUACCCCAGCCUGACUGCCCCGAGGAGGUGCGGGCCUUCUCCUUCUACCUCUCCAACAUUGGCCGAGACAGCCCUCAGGGCAGCUUUGACUGCAUCCAACAAUAUGUCUCCAGCCAUGGGGAUGUUCACUUGGACUGUCUGGGCAGCAUCCAGGAUAAGGUCACAGUGUGUGCCACCGAUGACUCCUACCAGAAGGCCCGGCAGAGCAUGGCGCAGGCAGAGGAGGAGACUCGGAGCCGAAGUGCCAUUGUCAUUAAGGCUGGAGGCCGCUAUAUGGGCAAGAAAGUUCAGUUCCGGAAGCCAGCGCCAGGGACAGCUGAUGCGGUGCCCUCCCGGAAACGGGCCACCCCCAUCAACCUGGCCAGUGCCAUCAGAAAGAGUGGCGGGAGCGGAGCCAGCAGUGUGGUCCUGAGGCCCUUCCGAGAUCGGGUGCUGCACCUCCUGGCCCUGAGGCCCUACAGGAAGGCUGAGCUGCUACUGAGGCUACAGAAGGACGGUCUGACGCAGGCGGACAAGGAAACCCUGGACAGCCUGCUGCAGCAGGUAGCCAGUGUAAACCCCAAAGACGGCACAUGCACACUGCGGGACUGCAUGUACAAGGACGUGCAGAAGGACUGGCCCGGCUACUCUGAGGGUGACCAGCAGCUGCUGAAGCGCGUGCUCAUGCGAAAGCUGUGCCAGCCACAGAGUGCCAACUCAGACUCCACUGCCUCCAGCCCACCCCGGGAGCAUGGCCGCUCCGCCUCACCCUCUCAGGCUUCUCUGCUCACUUCUCAGAAACGACCUCAGUCCACAGACUUCAUUGACCCCCUGGCCAGCAAGAAGCCCCGCAUCUCACACUUCACACAGCGAGCACAGCCCACCCUCAAUGGCAAGCUGGGUGCCCCCAAUGGCCACGAGACCCUGCUGCCUACCCUGGGGUCUACCCCUACGGACACCCUCAGCUCUAGCCAUUUGCCCCCACGGCUGGAGCCCCCACGGACCCAUGACCCCUUAGCUGAUGUCAGCAAUGAUCUAGGCCAUAGUGCCCAGGACUACAAGCACCAAGAGGCUACCCAAGCCCCAGCCGCAGCCUCAGCCCCUCACCUCAGCCUGCCCCUGCUGACGGACUUUUCCCAGUCUGAGCGACCUGCUGGCUCCUCGCAUACCCAUAGCCGACCCAAGAAGAAGUCCAAGAAGCACAAAGACAGGGAACGGCCCCCUGAGGACAGGCCCCCCGCCCCACAGCCUGAUGCCCCUGCGCUGCUCCCAGAUACCCCAGGUCUGAAUGGAGCCUGUGCCAGUGUCCCCACGUCUACUUCUGAGACCACGGACUAUUUGCUGAAAUACCCCGCCAUCUCGUCAUCAGAGCAGCGUCAGAGCUACAAGAACGACUUCAAUGCUGAGUACAGCGAGUAUCGCAGCCUGCACGCACGCAUUGAGCAGAUCACGCGCAGGUUCACGCAGCUUGAUGCACAGCUCAGGCAGCUGAGCCAGGGCUCCGAGGAGUAUGAGACAACCCGUGGGCAGAUUCUUCAAGAAUACCGGAAAAUCAAAAAGACCAACACCAACUACAGCAGAGAGAAGCGACGCUGUGAGUACCUGCACCGCAAGCUGGCACACAUCAAGCGGCUCAUCGCAGAGUAUGACCAACGGCAGCUGCAGGCCUGGCCCUAGCGUGCUAGCGGGCAGUCCUGAUGCUCCGCCUGCCUUUUCUAGUUUUCUAUGAACUCGGCCCUUUUGCCAGCACAGAGACCGUCUAUUUUUGUAUUUUUUCUACUCCGUGCCUCUCCACGGCCCACACCUCCAGGGUUAGAAGCUCCAGGGAAAGUCAGCAGAGUACCAGGUCCUGGUCACUGUAGCUCCCGGCUAUGCCCAAAGCUCCCUACAGUGCCCUCAGCAGCAUAUGGUCGUCAGCCCCCCACCCCCUGCAUACACAUCUUCAUGUCACACCGAGGCUGGGUGGUCCUGUGCUGCUGGCCUCACUCUGUCCCUUCAUCCAUUUGUGGGUCAUGGGGUCCUCUCUGCUGGGUUCCCACAGGGCAGGGGGGGGGCCUGAAAGUGGUGCCUUGCUUGCCUUUUCCAGGGCGCAGGCCUGUGGCCCCCAAUUGCUGCUUUCUUACUGUGCCUCGUCUUCUCAUACCCCAAAUCCUAGGGGCCGUUGGUGUGUGCGUGCGUGUAUGUGUGAGAGUGGGUUCUGAACUGUGCACAUUCAGAGAGAAGCUAUGCUGGAGAUAUGCUGGGGGCGACAGAGGCACUGCUACCCACGGUUGCAGAACGGGGAGGGCAGAAACUCAAAUACAGAUGUCUAUUUUUGUUGUUGUUGUUGUUAUUGUUUUUUUCGA